AUGCUGCACUUCAACGUCGGCACCGUCUGCGUAUGGCUGCUGCUCGCAACGACUGCCAUGGCAUCGUCGGCGCUCCGGUGCAUCAUGUAUCUCACGGGGCAGCACCACGUCGUGCCCUCCGAUCCCGGUCUCACUGCGGAUAUUACGCACGUCGUUCUCGCCUUCAUGCCGUCGACCACCUUCAACGUAGACGAAUCGCCCGCCGCCUUUCCUCUUUUCACCUCCGUUGACGAGACUCGCCGCCGGCUCCAGCCAGGCACCAAGGUCAUGGUGGCCAUUGGGGGCUGGGGGGACUCGCAAGGCUUCGAAGACGCAGCCCGCACCAGCCAGUCGAGGAAGCGCUGGUCUCGGCAGGUUCGCGCCAUGGUGGAUCAGACGGGCGCUGACGGCGUCGACAUCGACUGGGAGUAUCCAGGAGGAAACCGUGACGACUACCGCCUCGUGCCUAAUCGUGAGCGAGAGUGGGAAAUUGAGGCCUUUGGCCUUCUGCUCCAAGACCUCCGUGCCGCCAUUGGUCCCGCAAAGACAUUGUCCAUCGCUGUCCCGGGCUUGGAGCGUGACUUGAUGGCAUUCACCGCCUCGACGCUGCCGCGCAUCGUGGACCAAGUCGACUUCAUCAACGUUAUGACCUAUGACAUGAUGAAUCGACGGGACGAGACAGUUUCCCACCAUAGCGGAGUUUCAGGAUCCCGCGACGCCCUCGAUCGUUAUGCGAAGAGAGGAGUACCCUCGCGCAUGUUAAACCUGGGGUUGGGUUACUAUGUCAAGUGGUUCAUGACCCAAGAUUGCGACCCGAAGCAACCUCUCGGAUGCCCGACUCAGCUGCUCGAGGACCCAAAGACAGGGGCCGACUUGGGCAAGGCUGCCGCAUUUAGCUGGCACGACGAGACGCCCAAAGACCUCGUGUCGUCCUUUACUCGGGCUCAGGCAGAAGGAAGGUAUUUUGAGGACGGCAGCUAUGGGUAUUGGGACAGCGAGGAGAGGCGAUGGUGGUCUUUUGACACGCCGCACGUCAUGGAGCAGAAGCUGGCUGAGAUCGUGGGCCCUCGGAAUCUUGGAGGCGUAUUCGCCUGGGGCCUCGGCGAGGACGCACCCAGAUUCAAGCACUUGGCGGCUACCCUCGAAGGCGUGCGAGCAGAGACUCGGCGCAGGGCCAUGCACAAUUCAUCCAGGGACGAGUUGUGA